UCGUGGGUUGCCGCGCGCGCAUUUUCGAACAUAAACGUGAAGGCUUCGUGCAUAGGUUUUAUUCGCUCGUGAAUAUUCGAAAGAAGAGACAUCACAUAAAGGACCUUGAAAUCCCGAUCCGCCUGUCCCAUUGGAUAUACCGAAAAUUUGCAAAGGGAUUUUUGAUCUCAUCAUGCGCCGGCGAUCUAUUCGGUCGUUGGUGUUUCUUAUAUUUAUUUGUGCUACACAUACACCUGAUGUCUCAGCUAGUACCCGUCACAUAAAAUUAAGACACGGAAGGCACAGGCGACAACAUGGAAAUAGUCAUUUACCUAAAACUUACGUAUUGGAUCCAGAUGAACCGGAGAGAGGGAUUUGGGGGCCAUGGUCUAAUCCCAGCCCCUGUUCUCGCACCUGUGGGGGUGGAGUUCAAAAUCAGCAGAGAGAUUGUUUAGACAUAGACGCAAAUGGAUACAUCAGGUGCACAGGUCCUUCGAAAAGAUAUUCUUCCUGUAAUGUUCAGGAAUGUCCUGAAGAGGCGAGUGAUUUCCGAGCUGAACAGUGCGCAAUUUUUAACGACAUACCAUUUGAAGGGGUUCAUUACGACUGGAUUCCUUAUACAGGUAGUCCCAACAAGUGUGACUUGAAUUGCAUGCCACGUGGAGAGCGUUUUUUCUACAGACAUAAACCGAGUGUUACAGACGGAACUUUAUGUGACAUUGAAAAAAAAGAUGUUUGUGUUGAGGGGAAAUGUAUGCCUGUUGGGUGUGAUUUGAUGUUGGGAAGUGACGCCAAAGAAGACGCCUGUAGAGUAUGUGGAGGCAAUGGAACUGAUUGUAAUACAGUAAAGGGAGUGUUUGACACAGAUGAUUUACAAGCAGGUUACGUUGAUAUACUAUUAAUUCCUGAAGGAGCCACAAAUAUCGUUGUAAAAGAAAUAGAACCAUCAAAUAAUUAUUUGGCUGUUAGAAACACAAGUGGACAUUACUACUUAAAUGGAAACUGGAGAAUAGACUUUCCUCGAAGCUUGAGAUUUGCUGGAACUAUUUUUCAUUAUUCUCGAGAUCCUCAAGGUUUCUCUGCUCCUGACACAAUUACAGCUCUGGGACCAACGACUGAACCAAUUUACGUCGUGUUACUCUACCAAGAUAGAAACGUUGGUGUCAAUUAUGAAUAUAGCGUUCCAACAAAAAUAUCACAGCAAGGAGAUCCUGAUGGCUACGUUUGGAUAGCAGAUGAAUUUUCUUCUUGUAGCACAAGUUGUGGAGGAGGAUAUCAGUCAAGACGAGUGAAUUGUGUUCGUCGAAGAAACUCGGAACCGGUAGAUGAACAGCUUUGUGAUCCUCUUCUCGAGCCAGCAGCAACGAAAGCUUGCAGUGAGGAGGCUUGCCCACCCCAGUGGGUGUCAGGUGAAUGGAGUCCUUGUAGUAAGCCGUGCGGUGAGGGUGGCGAGCAAACUAGACAAGUUAAAUGCGAGCAGGUGGUUGCAGGGGGGAUUCCCUCAAUCGUCGAUGAUUCUCAGUGUCUCGAACUUCCUAAACCUGAAUCAAAGCAGGAAUGUAAUAAGGAACUUGACUGCCCUCAAUGGCAUGUGGGACCAUGGAAACCAUGCGAUCAUUUAUGUGGAAAAGGCAAACAGAUGAGGAAAGUGACUUGUUACAAAAAGACGGAUGGAAAAAUUCAAGUGUUGGAGGAUUCAGCAUGUCCGGAAAAAAUGCCUGAAAAAGAAAAGCCCUGCGAAUUAAGACCAUGUACUGGACUUGAUUGGAUUACGUCCGAUUGGAGUGGAUGCACAGAUAAAUGUGGAUUAACUCAUGAAACCAGAACGACACAAUGUGCUACUCAAGAUGGCACAAUUUAUCCCGAUAACAAUUGCGACCUGGAAAAGAAACCUGAAUUAAAACGAGAAUGUGAAACUGCACAAACUUGCGAAUAUGAAUGGGUCACUUCUCAAUGGAGCGACUGUUCAGCUAAAUGCGGUUCUGGAAUACAAAAUAGACAAGUGUUUUGUGCGACUUUUGAAAAUGAAGAUACACUAAAAAAAGUAUCUGACGAGAAAUGCGAUGCCAAAAAGAAAUACAACGAUACUCAGAAUUGUACUGCUGAAGCGGAAGAGUGCAAAGGAGAAUGGUUUGCUGGUCCUUGGAGUAAGUGUUCUAAAUCUUGUGGUGGUGGGGAUAUGACUCGUAAAGUCAUUUGUUUGAAAGAUAACAUGGCAGUACCUUCAAGUAACUGUGACGUGGAAACGAUAAUGUUUAGUCAAGAAAGUUGUAACGAACAGCCAUGUGGAGAAGAUGAAGUAAUAUCCGUAACUCCCGAUAAGGAAAAGACUACUCCAGAUGUAAGUGAAGAAGAAGAAUGUGAGGAAGGAGAAGAAGAGGAGGGAGAAGAUUAUGUUACGAUAAAAACUAGCUUUAGCUCGAGUGAAGGAGAUGUUACGGAGGUCUCUCCUCUGAGUUCGCCAAUAAGUACCGAAAGCAGUGGUAAGACUGAUGCAUUCUCUGAUGACAUGAUGAUGAGUGAUGCUGGUUACAGUAGAGGAGAUAUUGAAAUUUCCACUGAGUCUGGUAGUGGAGAAGGCAGUGGUACUGAUGAAGAUGAAUUUACAUUAUUCCCACAAACAGGCUCUUCUAAAUUUGAAUCAACCUUCGAGGGAAGCGGUACAUCACCUGACGAAGAUACCAUUGUGACAGUUACUGGUACAACAGAAUCUGUGGUUACUGGAGGAUCAACUGAGGCAGUAUCUGAAACAUCAAGUGAAGUAGUUUCUGGACUAACAACAGAGUCUGGAGCAACAACAGAGUCCGGAGCUACUGACGAAUCUGGCAUAUCUACUAAAUCUAUUUCUGAAACGACUGCAAUUUCGUCUGACUCUUCAACAAUAAUUUCAACACAAACAUCAUCUGAGUCUUCUUCUACUGUUUCUUCAGUUACAUCCUCUGGUACCAAUGAUGUAACUAGUACUUCGAGUUCUGAAACUUCAGCACAGACAGACACAUCACAGACUGACUCAUCUGAAAGUUCUGCUUCUACUUCUUCAGAAUCUACGGAAACUACUUCAGAACCAACUUCCACGAUUUCAACAUCAGAAACAUUAAGUACCGUUUCAGUAUCGGACGAGAGCAGUUCCUCCGAAAUGAGUUCUACAUCCUCCAGUACUUCUGAAUCUAGUUCUUCAAGUGAAGUUUCAGGAAUAUCAACUCAAAGCACUACAUCCUCGGAAGGAACUACUGAUUCAGGAACGUCGUUGAGUGGUCAGACUACAGAAUCUGGAGCAACCACAAUGUCGGGUGCAACAUCAGAAUCUGGAGCGACCACAGUUUCGGGUGCAACAUCAGAAUCUGGAGCGACCACAGUAUCUGGCGCGACAACAGAAUCUGGUGCGACCACAGAAUCUGGAAUAACAACAGAAUCAGGAUUAACAACAGAAUCAGGAAUGACAACUGCAUCUGGUUUAACAACUGAAUCAGGACUAACAACAGUUUCGGGUUUGACAACUGAGUCUGGCUUAACAACUGCAUCAGAUUUAUCGACAGAAUCUGGUCUGACUACCGAAUCGGGACAGACGACCGAAUCAGGAUUAUCAACAGUUUCUGGAGAAACCACAGUUAGUGGUUUAACAACAGAAAGUGGAUUAACUGAGGGUACAACUGCAUCUGAAGAAGAAAGUACAGACUUAACAGAUCAGACUCAUGUUUCUGAGUUUUGGACGACCGUUAGUUCUGUACAAACUGCAUUGAAAAAGGAAGGAAAAAUGAAAAAAUGCAAACCGAAGAAGAAGAAGACGUGUAAGACUACAGACUUUGGAUGCUGCUAUGAUGGUGUCACACCUGCAGAAGGUCCCUUCGGAAAAGGUUGUCCAAAUCCUGAGACCUGUAGUGAAACUAAAUUCGGCUGUUGUCCGGAUGGUGUUUCACCCGCUAAAGGACCAAAGAACGAAGAAUGUCCAGAUCAACAUUGUAACGAAACACUCUUUGGUUGCUGUCAAGAUGAAAUUACUCCUGCCGAAGGAAAUGAUUACGAAGGUUGCAAGAAACCUUGCAACGAAACUGAAUUUGGAUGUUGUCCUGAUAAAGAAACGCCAGCCAUCGGAAAAAACAAUUUGGGAUGUUGCAAUGUUACGAAGUAUGGUUGUUGUCCUGAUGGAAUUAGAGAAGCUUCUGGUCCAGAUGGUAAAGGUUGUGAAGAAGAAGUAUCAGAAAUGCCCGAACUUGAAACUACAACACCAAUUGAUGGAGAUUGUGCUAAUUCGACCUAUGGUUGCUGUCCAGAUGGAGAAAAAGCAGCUAGUGGUGAAAACUUUAAAGGUUGUGGAGUCAUUAAUACGGAAAAUUGUACUGCUUCCUAUUUCAGUUGUUGUCCUGAUGGAAUAACAGCAGCACUUGGUCCACGAUAUCAGGGAUGUCAUACAUCAUGUGAAAAUUCAACUUUCGGAUGCUGUGAUGAUGGAAUAACGCCAGCUCAUGGACAGAACCGUGAUGGAUGCUGUCUCUCUUCUCCCUUUAAAUGUUGCCCUGACAAUAUCACUCCAGCGCGAGGUCCAGAUUUCUAUGGUUGUGGAUGUCAAUAUUCUAGAUUUGGAUGUUGUCCCGAUAAUGUAACAGUUGCACGUGGUUCCCACAAUGAAGGAUGCGGUUGUCAAUACACUCAGCACGGUUGCUGUCCAAACAGAUUUACUCCAGCUAAUGGACCCAACUUUGAGGGAUGUCCUUGCUAUACAUAUCAGUUCGGCUGCUGUCCAGAUGGAGUUACAGUAGCUAAAGGUCCAAACAGUCAAGGAUGCGGAUGCGAAAAUACAGAGUUCAAAUGUUGCUCCGAUGGAAGAACGCCUGCUAAGGGUCCAAACUUUGAGGGUUGUGCUUGCGAUGCUUCAAAAUACGGCUGUUGCCUUGAUGGAAUAGAGGAAUCUCAAGGUGACAACUUCCAAGGAUGUCUUAGCGUUCCAUCAAUUCCGGGAUCUGCUUGCAGUUUAGAAAGGGAUAGAGGACCUUGUAGAGAUUUUACAGUCAAGUGGUUCUAUGACACUGAAUAUGGUGGAUGUUCAAGAUUCUGGUACGGUGGUUGCGAGGGUAAUGAGAAUAGAUUCAAGUCUCAGGAAGAAUGUAAAGAAACCUGCGUGCAGCCGAAGGGCAAAAAUGCUUGUUACCUACCCAAAAUCGCUGGAGCUUGCGAAGGCUAUUUCCCAACUUGGUACUACGACGUGGAUAGAAAGCAGUGUGGUCAAUUUAUCUACGGUGGCUGUCUCGGAAAUGCCAACAACUUUAAAACUAGAGAAGAGUGCGAGUCUCUAUGUUCUGAGUCUGAUGAUAUUGAUCCAUGUCAGCAAGAGAAGGAAUCGGGUCCUUGUGUUGGAAACUUUACCAGAUACCAUUUCAACAAAGAAUCACAAACUUGUGAACAAUUCCAAUAUGGUGGAUGCAAGUCGAAUCACAACAACUUCCUUACCGAAAUGUCCUGCCAAGAAAGGUGUCUUCAUCCAGGACGCAUACGAGAUUCUUGCUUGCUGCCUCGAACUGAAGGUAACUGCACAGAGAAGAUUCCUCGGUGGUACUCUGAUCAAUCAGAAAAUCGCUGCAUGCCAUUCUAUUACACAGGAUGCGGUGGUAAUAAAAAUAACUUUGACUCUAGAGAAGCAUGUGAGUCUAUUUGUCCAUCUAAGAUCGAACAAGAUUUAUGCUUGCUUCCUGCUGUUAUGGGUGAUUGUCAUAAUUACACUCAACGAUGGUUCUACGAUUCCUAUGAACAACAAUGUAGACAGUUCUAUUAUGGAGGUUGUGGAGGAAACGAGAACAAUUUCCAGACUGAACACGAUUGUAUCAACAGAUGCGAAGCUUCCCUUAAUACAAAAGCACCUCCUUCACAAGAAUUUAGAACUGAAUUUUGCUUUUUACCUGAUGAGCGAGGACCGUGUUCUGACAAUCAAGUUAAAUGGUUCUACGAUUCUCGAAUUGGACUUUGCAAAACAUUCAGUUAUGGUGGUUGUGGCAGCAAUGGAAAUAAUUUCAAUUCUCGUGAGGAAUGUGAAUAUAGAUGUGGCGAAGUUCAGGACCCAUGUACAUUACCUGUUCUCGUCGGUCCUUGUAAUGGAUCUGUUACUCAAUAUUAUUACGAUAGAAGGUAUGAUGGCUGCUUCCCAUUCGACUACAGUGGUUGCCAGGGAAACAAAAAUCGCUUCCAAGAUUUGGAAACAUGUAGUGAAAGAUGUGUCAGACAACACGAAGUUGAAAUUCAACGGGAUACAACUCCUCACGCUGAUUAUGAAUCACCGAGUGUAAUUUGUUCCGCUCCUGUUGAUGCUGGUCCUUGUAACAAACAAAUCACGUCCUAUUUUUAUAAUGUCGAUGCUAGAAGUUGUCAGGCUUUCAUCUAUGGCGGAUGUGAAGGAAAUGCCAAUAGAUUCCAGACACAAGAACAAUGUGAACGUCUUUGCGGUACUUUCCAUAAGCAAGAUAUUUGUAAUUUAUCGGUCGAUCCUGGUCCUUGUAGAGGAGCGUUCACCAAAUUCUUUUACGAUAGAUCGUCUCGAACUUGUCAAGAAUUCGUCUACGGUGGUUGUGAUGGCAAUGCUAAUCGAUUUAGUACUGUUCCUGAAUGCGAAUCGGUCUGCAUUCAUCAUGAAGAACCAACAUCAAGUGGAAAUGAAACUUCCGUCUCUCAUCAUGAAAUCUGCAGAGAACCAGUUGAUACAGGUUAUUGCACUACUGGAUAUUAUAAACGAUUCCAUUAUGUCGAGGAAUUUCAAACGUGCAGAUCCUUUAUUUACACCGGUUGUGGUGGUAAUCGUAACAAUUUCAAGACCUUUGAGUCCUGCAUUGCCACUUGUUUUAGAUCAAAUGAAAUUGACGUUGGUGGACCAAACGAAUCAAAAGACCCAUGUGAAGAAGUGAAAGAUGAAUGUAGACAGAUUCGGUGUCCUUACGGCAAGGAAGCCUUUGUUGAUGAUCAAGAUUGUGAACGCUGUCGAUGUGUUGAUCCAUGCGGCUCUCUCUCUUGUCCAGAUGGAACCAAGUGCACCAUUAUUUUUGAUAAUAAUAAUGAUGAUGAUACAACUUAUAGAGGAGUUUGUAGAAAUGCAGUGAACCCUGGUCGAUGUCCCACUGUAUCCAAUAGUACAAGAUGUGAGCAGGAGUGUUUAACCGACGCGGAUUGUUCAAACGAUCGAAAAUGUUGCGAUAAUGGUUGUGGCACUUCUUGCUUGGACCCAGCAUCCGAGGAGCCUUACACGCCUAUUCCAAUUGUAAAUGUUACAGCUCCGACUUAUGGAGCAGAACCUGCUGCCAUUGAACAACCAGAUGAUCCUCAAGUUUCAGCAGAAGAAGGUUUCUUUGUGACAAUGAAGUGUAUAGCAACUGGUUCACCGAGACCAACAAUUAGCUGGAGAAAAGAUACUGAACUGAUAAAUGCAACAGAGAAGAGACGACGAAUUUUAAAUGACGGAUCCUUACAAAUCAUCAAUCUGUACACAUAUGAUAGAGGUACCUAUAUAUGUACUGCUGACAACGGUCUUGGACCACCAGUUAGAAUUGAAUAUCAACUACAAGUAACCGAACCACACAAUCGUUCCGCUGAUAUUGUUGGUGAACCUACCGCGUCCGUCACUGUGACGAUUAAUUCACCGACAACCCUUUAUUGCUAUGCGAUGGGUUGGCCGAGACCUUUUGUAACCUGGUGGCGGGGAGACCGCAUGCUGCCUCUAUCUUCAGAAGACUAUGAACAAGAUUCAGACUAUACUCUCCUUAUUAGAUCAGUUACCAUUAGUAACUUGGGGGUCUACGAGUGUCAAGCUUACAAUGGAAUCGAGAGACCAGCUUCGUGGUCCGUGACCCUAUUCGCCUUGGGACCAGUUCACAAUGUUUCUAGUCCUUAUAUUAUUCCACCUCCAGAGAGACCCUACAUUCCAAGACCCAAUUAUCCAUUUAGACCCCAAAGAACUCAAGUUUCUGACUACCAAACACGUGCACCUAUUUAUCGCAGACCUGACUAUCAUGUCCCUGGGGUUGUUCCCCUUGAUCCGAGUCAGAAUGAGACAUCUCGGUAUCAAGUUCCGUUGAAAGUCAACGUUUCUGUGGAACAAGAGCAAUGGCCAGAAGGAAGUGACAUAACCAUUUCCUGUCACGUGGACGGGUAUCCUAUUGAAAAAGUUCAAUGGUACAAGGAUGAAGUGCCCCUUGAAACUAAUAAUCACAUCAGAGUUUCUGAUGCCAACAAGUUGGAAAUUUUCGACUCGAACAAAAACGAUUCUGGACAAUAUCGAUGUGAAGCUACUAAUCAAUUUUCAAGUAGCACUCAAAGUGUAAACAUAAAUGUUGAUGGAAUUUUUAUUCAUCCAAACUGCAAGGAUAACGACUUUUUCGCCAAAUGUGAGCUAAUCGUACAAGCGAAUUACUGUCAUCAUAAAUAUUAUGCCAAAUUUUGUUGCCGAUCGUGUACAAAAGCCGGCAAAUUGCCAGUGAGAGGGUCUCAUUUGGAAAGAAGAAGAAGAAGAAGAGCUCCCUCUUUGAUCUACUAAAAAUCUUUUUGAAUCAAUUCUCGAUCGUUCGGAUCAAUGGAACGUAAUUAUGAAACCGUAUAUUAAAAUUGAUUCAUAAAUUUCAUAAAUUAAGCGUCAUUACAAAAAAGAAAGCGAUAGUUAAAUUUCUUCCACUGCGCCGAACGCGUCGAAAAAUCGAGUCUUGUUCACUGCCAAAGCCUUAGAACGUCUAUACAUAGAUAGCGAUAGAUAACUAAAAAAAAUAAAUCUUUUCUAGCGCGUCAUUA